GGCUACACAAAGGCUAUGGCGAAGGCCACCACGCCACAACAACCAGGGGACUUUAAAACACAUAGUUACAGUGAGAGGGGGAAAAAUACUGAAUAGGUCACUUCUUUCCUCAUCCUAACAUGGAUUAUUUGGAGAAACAACUCAUUUGCCCUAUUUGUUUAGAAAUAUUUACAAAACCGGUAGUGAUUCUUCCAUGUCAACACAACCUUUGCAGAAAAUGUGCAAACGACAUAUUUCAGGCUUCUAAUCCCUACCUUCCUACUAGAGGAGGCACCGUGACUUCAGGUGGCCGCUUCAGAUGUCCCUCCUGCAGGCACGAGGUUGUACUGGACCGGCAUGGAGUCUAUGGGCUGCAAAGGAAUCUUCUGGUGGAAAAUAUCAUUGACAUGUACAAACAGGAGCCAAGCAGCAGUAGACCUGCUCCGGAGAGGAAAGCUGACCAACCAUUGUGUGAGGUGCAUCAAGAUGAGAAGAUCAACAUCUACUGCUUGACAUGUGCAGUGCCAACCUGCUCCAUGUGCAAAGUGUUUGGAUCUCACAAGGACUGUGAGGUGGCACCCAUAAAAAGUGUAUACCAACUCCAAAAGACGGAGUUGACAGACGGUAUAGCGAUGAUGGUGGGCAACAACAACAGGAUCCAAGGCAUCAUCAGUCAGCUGGAGGAGACAUGCCGGGCUAUAGAGGUGAACAGCAGGAAGCAAAAAUCCCAGGUGUGUGAAAAGUUUGACCAUCUGUACACCAUCCUGGAGGAAAGAAAGCAGGAGAUGAGUGGGAGAGUGACAGCUGAGAAAGAGGAGAAGUUCGGCUACAUCCGUGGACUCAAGAGGAAGUACGAAGAUCACCUCGAGUGCAUGACCAAGAUUGUGGAGUCAGGGAUCCAAACUAUGCAGGAACCCGAGAUGGCUGUUUUCCUGCAGAGUACCAAGUGCCUGCUGCAAAACAUUGGCGAGGCCUCCAACACAUCCCAAUUGGAGAAAGUGGAGUGUGGCUAUGAAAACAUGGAUCACUACACUGUUAACUUUAAAAAGGAGGGAAAGGCCCUGAAUGCUAUAGACUUUGUCAGAGAUGAGGUGGAGGAACAAGAAGAUGGAGGUGUGGUGGGAGCAGAGGGGGAAGGCUACACAGGGCAGGCCACUUUGGGAGGAGCCAUGGUAGGGGGGGGGCCACCUUUCCAACCCACUCCUGUCCCCCAGCCUCUCAUAGAACAGAAUGCACUCAGCUAGGUCCAGGUCUGCAGCAGCCACAACAAACGCAUCCAUGCAUAUCGGCUCUUCAGGUUCCUUUUACACAUAUGUGAACUCCCAGGGACUUUGGACUGGCACAAGGUUUGAAAACAGAAUGCUUGAAUGAAGUAGUCCAUUUCCUUUUUUUAGUAACAGACUUUGAUAUAUUACACACACUAAUGACUAAAUUUAAAUAUGGAUGGUUUUGAAAACUCAUCCAAGAUUAAUUUAGUUGUUUUAUGCUUAGGGAGCGUUUUGCAUGGCAUUUAUACUUGACACUGGCACUGCCACAGUAUUUGAAGUAUGAAUGACAUGGUCUUCUUCAAAUCUCAUUUUUAAUGUUAGAAGAUAAAAGGUUUUAGCUAUCAAUGUCAAUUACAUUGCAAUUGUCACUCAGUAGUCUCUAGUGAGGCGUGGAUUAGGAUGUUUUAUUGUGUUAUUCGCACUCACCGCGUUUUCAUUCGUGUACCCGGAAUAUUUUCGGACAAACAUCAAACUCCAUAGGUCGUUGUGGAAGUAAUUCCGCAGUUUUUUCUGUUUUUCUUUUCUUCCUUUUUUGCCCACAGGACUGUCCUCUCGCACCCAAUGGGGCGAACAGUAAACAAGUGUAGUUUACUCGCUGAGGCGACACGGUGAAGCCAGUGCUGUUGCGUAAUUCUUCAAGAUACAUUCUAGCACAGUGAUGGGUCUCGCGAGAGGGAGCAUUACUCUGCCUUCUUUUCCCACUAAAAUGAACUUAGUGUGGUCCAGGAAGCCGAGGCCCGAAGAACAUCCCUACCUGCACUCAAAUACACGCUCACACAUGAUCAUUACUGUACAUCUUUAGCGGCACGACAGGCCAGCGUGAACGCGAUGUGUGCCUUUAGGACAACGAUGAGAGAAGUCAGUACACCGCAAUGCUAUGUUGAUGCUGUUAGCUCGCUGCGUUAAUUUACCUCUAGCCGAAGUGGAAAGGAUUUGCCGUGUAAUCCAGGCACCGUCUGAAUCCAAUAUCUUUAACAUACGGUUCAGUGCGACCUUACUUCCGACAAUCUCGCCCGCUGAAGGUCUAGUACCGCUUGCUAUGUACAGCGGACAAUAGAAUAAGUCACACCAGCGGGGAUGUUUGUAGGGAUCCCAGGCCAAAGUGCACAGUAAGACAUUGAAUCAAUCCAAGUGCGUCCAUUAUUUUGUAGCAACGAACUAAGAAUUCGGUGGACUGCCUUUUUGCAAAAUUGGGAUGAACAGCAUAUGUUUAAAAAUGACCGCUCUGUCUGGAACAGAAUGUGCUGAAAGUUUGUAACAAGUGAUAAUGCUGGCUAACAGAAGCACUGAUAUCAGGCUUGAAGUUCAGGUUUUAGUGUAAUAUCGUAGUUCCUGAGUUUUUGUUUUGUUUUGUUUUUCACGAUGCGCUUAAACGGAUAUGCUGUAAUUUUAAAAGAAUAAAGAUGUGAGACCACAGUUGAUCUUAGUUAUGACCGUAAGUUCGGACAGCGUUUAGUCUCGCUGCUUAAGAGUCUGCGGUAGGUUAUAGCAUAUGACUUCGCUAUCAGGGUGAUCGCUGAACUGCCACACUUGGAAGAACCUCACCCCUGGGCCGUUGAAGUCUGUCAAAUAGCCUCAUCAGAGGUAAACACUUUGUUCCCUUAAGUGCCAUACUAAUAUGGGACCGUUUGCGUAUGUUUGUGAAGUGACGUGCAUGAUGUGUUUUAUGUCCUAAGUUCAGAUUAAAACCUUUGUUCAUAAA